AUGGAGGCUUACAUUGAUGACAUGAUCGUCAAAAGCCGGAAAGAGGUAGAUCAUAUGAAGGAUCUUCGAGAAACAUUCCUGACUCUUAGAAAAUUCAAACUGAAGUUGAAUCCGCAGAAAUGCGUGUUUGGAGUGGUGGCCGGAAAGUUUUUGGGGUUCUUGGUCGACCAGAGAGGAAUUGAGGCAAACCCUGAUAAGAUUCAGGCGAUUCUGGACAUGACAUCUCCGUCCAAAGUUAAGGAAGUUCAACGUUUGACAGGGUGCUUGGCAGCCCAAGGACGUUUUCUUUCUAAAUCCGGAGAUAAAUGUCAUCAUUUCUUCGCAAUGAUAAAAAAGAAUGCAAAACUUAAGUGGACGGAAGAGGCGGAGCAGGGUCUUCAGCAGGUUAAAGAGCAUCUCCGGCAGUUGCCUCGAUUGAUAAGUCUGGCCGAAGGGGAAAAACUGUUUGUAUACUUGGCUGUAUCGGCCUGGCACUGCUCAUGGCCGAAAGAGAGUGCAAAUUUCGGUCUAUUUUGUAAGCCAUGUACUAAAAGAUGUCGAACGCAGAUAUUCGAUGGUGGAGAAUUCGGCCUGGCACUGCUCAUGGCCAGCCGGAAACUAAGGCCAUACCUUCGGGCCCAUAGUAUCCUCGUCUAUACUAACCAGCUCCUGAAGCAAGUUCUGCACAAGAUGGAUGCCUCUGGACGAAUGCUAAAAUGGGUUGUGGAGCUGAACAUGUUUGACUUGGCAUUUGAGUCUACAAAAGCAAUCAAGGGUCAAGCCUUGGCUGAUUUCAUUGUAGAGCUUACUCGGCCUACGAUAGAAUUCGUCCAAGAUCCAGCAGAGGGAAAGCGGCAUUGGACCCUGAUGGUGCAUGGAUCGUCCACUGCCAACGGGGCUGGGAUAAUCUUUCAAUCACCAAAAGGGGACAAGUUUGAGUAUGCGAUCAGAUUUCAGUUCCAUGCUUCAAACAAUGAAGCAGAGUAUGAAGCACUGCUAGCCGUUAUUAAAAUGUGCAUAGCGGCAGGAGCCCUGGAAAUUGAGGCAAAGACGGAUUCCCUACUGGUGGUUAGUCAAGUAAAUGGCGACUUUGAAUGCAAAGAGGCGUCAAUGAGGAAAUACAUGAAGCUGAUUCAAGAAGAGAUAAAAACAGUGAAGCGAUUUGUUCUCGACCAGGUUCCAAGGUCGGAGAAUCAUCAAGCCGAUGCUUUCUCAAAGUUAGCCAGUUCGGCCGAAGGACAUGUGUUGCGAACUGUGUUUUGGGAGGUAAAGCCGGCAAAGAGUAUUGAUCAAGAGCAAGUUAUGUUCCUCAGCCGAGGAAAUGUCUGGAUGGACCCCAUCAUUGAUUACAAGAAAACGGGACGCCUGCCCACAGAUCCCUUGGAAGCCGAGUAUGUGAAGGCAAGGGACAAGUGGUUCGAGCUCUGGGAUGAAACAUUGUACAAAAAAGCAUUUAACCGGCCACUCCUCAAAUGCAUUACUAGGGAGGACGGGUUAGAUGUCUUGAAAGAAUUGCAUGGAGGAGCUUGUGCCUCUCACAUUGGGGGAAGAGCAUUAGGAGAGAAGGUCUUAAGGACAGGGUAUUAUUGGUCCACCUUCAAGGAGGACGCCUUGCUUUAUGCGAAGAAAUGUGAUAGCUGUUAG